AUGGGUGAGACACUGUUUCAUUUUGCUGCGCGAGUAGGAAUAGAAGAAACUCUCAGGUUGCUAAUUAAGGGAGGAGCUGACCUAGACGCCGAAAACGGAGAUGGAGAAACGGCACUGCACCUAGCCAUCCAGGAGAGACACGAAGGUAUCGUGAAAAUUCUCGUACAUCAGGGUGCCGCUGUCAACUCGAAAACUACAUGGGACGAGACACCACUUUAUUUCGCUGCGCGAUUAGGUCUAGAAGAAACUUGCAGGUUGCUACUCGAAAGAGGAGCUGACGUGCAUGCCAAAGACAAAAAUGGAUUAACGGCGCUGCACCUAGCCAUUCAGGAGAGACACGAAGAUAUCGUGAAACUUCUCGUACAUCAGGGUGCCGAUGUCAACUCGAAAACUAAAUGGGGCGAGACACCACUUUAUUUCGCUGCGCGAGUAGGACACGAUGAAAUUUUCAGGUUGCUAAUUGAGAGAGGAGCUGACGUAGAUGCCGAAAACGGAGAUGGAUUAACGGCGCUGCACCUAGCCAUUCUGGAGAGACACCAAGAUAUCGUACAAAUCCUCGUAGAUAAGGGUGCCGGUGUCAACGGGAAAUCUGAAUGUGACGAUACACCGCUUCAGUUUGCUGCGCGAGUAGGACACGAAGAAAUUUUCAGGUUGCUAAUUGAGAGAGGAGCUGACGUAGGUGCCGAAAAAAGAAGAGAUGGAUUAACGGCGCUGCACCUAGCCAUUCUGGAGAGACACCAAAAUAUCGUACAAAUCCUCGUAGAUAAGGGUGCCGAUGUCAACUGUAAAUCUGUAUGUGAUGCGACACCGCUCCAUUUUGCUGCGCAAGUUGGGUUAGAAGAAAUUUGCUACUUGUUAAUCGAGAAAGGAGCUAACGUGAAUGACAAAGAUGUAUAUGGAUGGACAGCGUUACAUCUUGCCGCUGAAUGUGGUCAAGUGCGUAUCGUGGAAAUUCUCUUGAAUUCGGGCGUCGACGUCAAUUGUAAAAAUGAAUCUGGUAAUACUGCAUUACACGUUGCAUCCUAUACCGAUCAGUCCGAAGUCGUUUUAACUCUCAUAGAAAAUGAUGCUGACGUAAACAUUGUUAAUAAUUUCGAUGAAACAGCGUUCCACUCUACCUAUUCUAGAUAUAGACAUAUGGAUCGUAACAAUUUUUCCAUUACUCAAAAGCAGUUAAUUAAAAUGCAGAUUGCUAGUUUGGACAUGAAUAACGGAAAUAUGGAGAAUAUUAAUCUCACUAGGGAUUUAAACGGGCAAUCUCAGUUUGAGAAGAAAUGUAUUGAAGAGAUAAAGAGAAUGAAAAGCUUAAAAAUUAACAAUACUUUUCUAACAUUCCAUGAUAUCUUAACAAAACGCAUAGACCAAAUAGCAUCAUACGCGAGAAAUGAAGAUGUUGUUCAGGUUUUGCAACGGGGCAAUUACCAGAGAGAAUUUCCUACGUACGAAGACGUAAUAAAAGGUCGUUUCAACAGAGGCAUGAUACGAAAGGAGUUGUUUGACGAGAGCGUUAUAUUUUUCCGCCGUUACUUCAGUAGAAUUUAUGAUUCACUUUGGAUUCAAAGAAUAUUAAACUACCUCAGUAACAGGGAUCUAACGAAUUUGAGAGAUGCUUGUAAAAACGUACGUUAUAACUUUAACGGUGUAACAAAACGGGAAAUACUGUAA